AUGAUCGCCUCACGAUAUGUCCUCGCUGCCGCAAUCAGUUUGAUCACGGCGAAGAGCACCGAGGGUAACAACAUGAAUUCGUGGUGCGACACUUAUCCUGCAAACCAGGCUCAUUGUUACAAAGCGAUCGCCAACAUCAAACUAGAGAAUGGAAAACUUCCAUCGACUGAGAACGAAGUAAGAACCAUAGCGGACAGCUGCAGCCUCAUUGUCUUCAACAAAAACCUGAUGCAAGAUAUCACCCCGGCUCAAAUAACAGAGGCCGUUACUGCGCAUUUCGAGAAAUGCCCCGAUAAAGCUGGUUGGAUUAUCUUACCGAGCAACAAGCAAGUCCUUGUCCAGAUCAAAAUCCGUGCCCCACCCAAUUCACAAUGGUCCGCAUGGAAUUCGGAUGCCGAGCUCAAGAAGGCGUACUGCUAUCGACCCGAAGGAGAGUCAGCUAUCGGAUCAGGUGAUGAUUGCAUCGCAGCCUACCAGAAAUUCCCUAUUGAUCCUCGGACCGGGUAUUUGAUUGGGCUCGUACCGACGCCAAUGGCGUUGGAACUAAACUCCGGAUCAUGCACUGUACAAAUAAGCACCACCGACGGAUCAGACAUUCAAAUGAACAAGAAAGAAGUUGACUCCGCCAUCAUUGGAAUGAUGAAUAAAUGUGGCAACACUCCCGGUGUGGUCAAUGUGAACGGAGCCCAGGGACCAAAUGGGAGAAUCUUUGUCCAAACAUACUCUUCUUCUCAGGAGUAG